CCUCACCAGAGACCAGACCUGACCGCAAUUCUUCCCAUCGCUGGACCUCCACCAGAGCUACCUACCCACGCCGGCCGCCCCGCCGACUAUACUCCGGCUGCCGCCGCCGUCGCCACCACGCUCCUACACAGACGCCGCUCCGAGCGCCUCCCCUCCAAACGCGCCGUAUUAGCCCCUGCUCUUACAACGGAGGCCUACAGCUGCCGCCGUGCCGUACGCCCGUACCUUAGCGGCGUCACCGCCGACGCCUCAACCCCCAUCCCGCAUCCACCCAUCCCCACGAAGCACGACGGCCUCUCAGGCGCGGUGCCGCCUUCGCCGUUCCCGUUCUUCCUCGUCGGGGCAUCGCGUUCCCGCUGCCCCCACCCCGUCCGCAGUGUUCACCCAUUUCGUCUUGAGGGUACAACAUGCCAUUUUAGAUGAUUUAUGGCGCCAAUGACCGCACUUAGCCUUUUCUUAUUCUACAGAUCAGCAGAUGGCUAGUAGCUCCAAUGGCCAUUGUCCAGCUAAUGGUGCAAAAGUUCUUCCUGGAAGGGGGAAGAAGAAUCAGGAGAAAUUACUGCUUGACAAAAAUGCAGCUUCUAGGGCCUGUCAGAAGGACAGGCAAUACAUUGUGAAAUUGGAAACUGAGCUGAGCAACUGCUAUCAGGAAAUUGACUAUUUGCAGGAUCAGUUAAAUAUCAGGAAUGUUGAAGCAAACAUCAUGGGAGAGCAUAUUCACGGCCUUGAACUGAAGCUAACUGAACUGGAGAAAUUUCCUGAAAGAGUGAGAGUUAUGGACAAUGAUCUGAUGCGGUCUGAUUCUCAGUGCUGGCUUCUGAUGGAAGAAGUCCAAUGUAAAGAAGAGGAGCUGCAAAAGGCAGCCUCACAAAUAGAGAAGCUUGAAAGCGCAACUUUAGAUAUGCAAUGUGAAAUUGAGAGUUUAAAACUUGAUUUGACUACGAUUGAGCAAAGACUGUUUGAUGCUGAGAGCUUUAGCCAGCAUACUGCUGAGUACAAAGUUAGAAUAGAGAAGCAACUGAAAGAACAUGAGCUCCAGCUGCAAGAGGCACGGAAGACUAUUGAUCAUCUUGAGGUUGAGAAUAAACAACUGAAAAAAGAGUACUUGCCUGGAAGAGCUCCUAAACAAUCCUCUUCUACAGGCGUGGAGCAACUUGAUAAAACAGUGGAGCAUGAUGGUCAUGCAAACUAUGAAAGAGGUCAUGAAAUUCUUGAAAAGAUGGCGAAGCAAAAUGAAGAACCUGAACAUAUAAUUGAGCAGCUCAAGGUAGAACUUCGAGAACAAAAACUGAAAGCAAAGGAGGAUGCAGAAGAUCUCACUCAAGAAAUGGCUGAAUUGAGGUACCAGAUAACUGGCAUGCUUGAGGAAGAAUACAAGCGCCGGUCUUGCAUUGAGCAAGCGGCUAUUCAGCAAAUUCAGCAGCUGGAGGUUCAGGUCUCCAAAGAGCAAAGGAAAUUGAGUGGAGCACUAAGACGACUGCAGGAAUCGCAUGAGCUAGCUGACACGCAAGCUACGGAGAUUAAGAAACUGAAGGAUGCUUUAGGGAGAUUGAACUCUGCAAUGAACCUCGGGAGGGUUUGCAAAUCUUGCUCUUGCGGGUUCUGUCCAAUGCUGGUAGAGUUGUCUAAUUGCUCGAUUGAGGGGUUGCUUGACCUCAGAUCUUCCGAUGCUAGCAACGUUGAAGAAACACCAGAGAACCAAGCGCUAGUAGAGUGGCAUGCUGAUGAAGCUUCAGAUGGUGCCACAGUAAAUAAUGUAGGAUGCUAGAUGCAGCUGCACUCUUGUGUGCAGUUGCUGUAUAUAAUUCUUUGUGCCACUGUUGUUUGUAGAUGCAUUUGUAACUUGUAAAAACUUGAUAUUUAUCGUGUCAGAUUCAGCCUCAGGACUCACAAGGAUGUUACACGUAUUAGCAUACACAGAUUUGCUAAAUGAGAAUGUUGUAAGUGGCAUGA